GUGUGUCCUCAGUUUUCCGUGUGGAGAGAGUUCAGCCCGAGCCUCAGAGAGCGGAUCCAGGCCGGGUCAGAACUGGGGAGCCGGUAUCAGAGAGAGCGGUAAUGCUAUAACCGGGUUCCGCGCUCUGCUGUGUGUGAGUGGGUUUACCGGGGGAUGAGGAGCCUGAGCCGCCGCUCCGUUAUACCGGGGGGAGCGCGCCUCGCCCGGGGCCGGGCUGUGAUGUGAGGACCCUGUGAAUGAGCCGCCCGGAGCGCAGGGAUGGAUCUACCUCGCCGAUUCCCAGACCAAACCCCGCCGCCGCUGUUCACGGAGGGCCCGCUGCCCUCAGCCUUAUCCCACAUGGCGGUUCCGCCCGUCGGUGCUGCCCCGGGGAGCGGCGCCGGCGCGGGGGUCAGCAGCGCCCUCAGGAACGACCUGGGCUCCAACAUCCACGUCCUGAAGACCCUCAACCUGCGGUUCCGCUGCUUCCUCGCCAAAGUGCACGAGCUGGAGCGCAGGAACCGGCUGCUCGAGGCGCAGCUGCACCACGCGCAGGAGCUGUCCCGGUACCGGGCCCGCUUCCCCCGCGACCAGGCGGUGCAGACGGACCAUGAGCUGCCGGUGAGAGAGGCGCGGAUCCCGGGGAAGAUCUGGAGCUUCUCCCACGCCACAACCCACGCAGGCCGCGUGGAGAUCCACCACGGGCCCGGGGUCUCGUGGACGCACCCGGACGGUGUCGGGGUUCAGAUUGACACCAUCACCCCCGAGCUCAGGGCCCUUUACAACGUGCUGGCCAAAAUAAAGCGCGAGAGAGAUGAAUACAGGAAGAGAUGGGAGGAGGAGUUGUCCAAGCGCCAACAGAUGGAGUCCAUGGUGGAGACUUUACAGGAGAGCGCCCAGGAGUCUGAAGCCAUACAAGGAGAGCUAAGUGAGAAAGUAGAACGCCUUAAAACAGAGCUGGUCGUCUUUAAGAGUCUCAUGACUGAUCAAAUGUCAGAACUGGACUCCAAAAUCCAAGAAAAAGCCAUGAAGGUGGAUAUGGACAUCUGUAGACGCAUCGACAUCACAGCCAAGUUGUGUGAUGUGGCCCAGCAGAGGAAUUCUGAAGACAUGAGCAAAAUGUUUCACGUCAGUCCCUCCAGAGCACCUCCAGACCAGAAAGCGGUGUCUGCGGCGUGUAAGAUGAGGGAGCGUAAGAGUGUGUGUGAGGAGGACGGUGUGCAGGCAGAGGCGGAUGGUGGUGAUCGUGAGGAGGAGGUGGCGGGAUCUCUGAACAUCACUGACGAGAUGAAGCGCAUGCUCAACCAGCUGAGAGAGACGUUUGACUUUGACGAUGACUGUGACAGUCUGGCCUGGGAGGAGACGGAGGAAACGCUGCUGCUGUGGGAGGAUUUUGCUAACAGCCCUGUGAUUAAUACCAGUGCUGCUGGAGCUUCUGCUGGUGCUGUGUCUAAUGCAGCCUGUGCUGCUGACUGCCAGGGAGAGACACAGGAGCAGGAUGGGAGUCUGCGCAGUCUGAUAAAUGAGACUGAGUCCAUCUUUAAAACCAGAGAGCAGGAGUACCAGGCCACUAUCGGACAGAUCGAGCUGGAGCUGGCCACAGCCAAGAACGACAUGACCAGACACCUGCAUGAGUACAUGGAGAUGUGCAGUAUGAAGAGAGGACUGGACGUACAGAUGGAGACGUGCCGCAGGCUCAUCAGGGGCUCCGAGGCCACUGGCAGACACUCGCCCUCCUUCAGCUCCGUGGCCAGCAGUGACUCAGGAAACACAGACGACAUGCAGGACGAACUGGAGAGAGACAGUGAGAGGGAUGGAGACAGAGACGGAGAGAGGGAUGGAGACAGAGGCGGAAAGAGGGUUGAGGACAAAAACGAAGAGAGGAAUGAAGACAGAAACAAAGAGAGAAAUGAAGAUAGAGAUGAUGAGGUGGUACAGGAAACGGAUGGAGAAAGGGAGGGAGAAAGAGAUGGAAAGGAGAGCCCAGAAAUGGACGGAGACAUAGAAGGAGAAAGUGACAGAGAGAGAGAAGGAGAGGUCAGUUGACGAUCAGCCCGGUCACUGUCCUCUUCUUUUAAGUAAUGGUGAAUCUCUGGCCCUCUCUUCUUCCUCUUCCUUGUUACAUUAUGACUUGGCAUCUCUGAGACUGUCAGACCUGAAACUGUAUUGGUGCUGUAUUUGCUGUCCCUGCGUCAGGGGGAUCAACUCUACCAGCUUAAAGCAGUUAUAAGGCCUUACGACACCCACCCAACAAACACCGACAGGCACCAGCCUCCCACACUGGUAGAAGAAUUUUGGCACUCAGCUUUACUCUGUUCUACAAUACAAAUGGCCAAAGCAAAUGAAGCAGUUUGAGGGGCGACAGUAGAAGAGUAUGGGUGGAGGAGAAACGUCUGGAAGAGUGUCUGUAUUUAGCUGGUGUUUGUUGGAGAACUCUGGGUCAGGGUGCUCUGGAACUCUGGCCUAUACAGGAAGAUUCUACUGAAGCUGCGUCAAAGUCCUCCUCCUCAUCAGCACUGCCACAGCAUGGCUCCUUCACUGGCUUGCACACAGCUCACUCAUUAAACCUACAGUGUACACCACUACAACACACCACAUCCUCAGAACUCUCAACACCAACUCGGCUUUAUAGUGGGCUACAGUUACAGUUAAGGUGGUCAUUUGGAAGGUGCAGUACCUGUCAAAGGUUUGGACACACAUUAGGGCUGCAUGAUAUAUAUUGUUUAAGCAUCGCCAUUGCGAUGGACGUGCGAUGUCACUUAAAGCAAUUAUAUCAAACACGUCAUGUUGCAAUGUUUUGAUUCUUGCCACAAGAAGUAGAUACACAGCGCUGUCUCUGUGUCUGUGUGAGUGACAGGCUGCUGCUGCCUGAGACGCGUGAAAGGGAGGGGGAGCCUAAGUGAUGGGGUGGGGGGCAGGAGUAAACACGAAGUAACCGCAUGGCCUUAAUCAUCCACAUGGUUAAGCACAUGCUUGUAAACGCAUGUGUUGAAAGUUGUGAACCUCAGUCCAGCACAGUUUUGCGAAGAUAUUUCCAGUUACAGCUGAAUUUAGGCUUUUAUUCCCAGAAAUCCUAGAAAAAACACUCUUAUUUAUCUUUUAAAAAGCCAUCUUAAUGCCUGAUUAAAGAGCCGAUUACUGUUGUUUUGCUGUUUUCCUUCCUAGAGCUUGGCGGUGACUCAGCUCUUAAUCAGGUGCGGGUGUGGGCGGGGCUGGUGACGUCAUGGGCCCUGCAUUGUUUAAUAUUGCAAUAAAUAUCAUGGAAAAAAAAAGAACAUUGCAUUGUAAAAAAAAUGUAAAUAUCGUGCAGCCCUAACAUAUGUUGUUUAUUAUUAUUAUUUACUGCAAUGUAGAUUAAUAUUAAAAACUUAAAAUCAAGAGCUUAGCACCUCUAGAAACUCCUUUAAGACGGUUGGACAAAUAAUGAAGCCGACUUGACUUUUUUUCUUUAUUUCAUAUCAUUUUUUUUAUAUGCAUUUUUUUAUAGUGUCGAUGUCUUCAGUAUUAAUCUACAAUUAAUUAAAUAAUAAAAAUAAAGAAAAAAACAUUAAGUCAGGAGGGAUGUGUCCAAACGUUUGACUGGUGCUGUAUUUGAUGGUCAGUUAAUGACAGUUUUAAAACUUUUGUAUUACUAGCUUUAUAAAGGAUUGAUUUUAUUGGUCAUGUUUUAUAUCAAUAAUGGUUUCAGUGGCAGUGGGCCAGAUUCAUAACACUCAGUACAAAUAUAUAAUCUAAAUUACAGUUUUUACUAAGGAUACAAACAUUGUAUUAAAUGUUACAACAAAUGCAGCAAUGUAGAACGAUGAAGAAAAAAAGGGAGAUAAAAGCAUUCAGAUCCAUCCAUAUAAACGCCAUUGUUUCUAUAUCUGAUCUGUGUUUUUAUUUGACUGGCUGAGCCAUAUUGUAAAAUAUACAUGUUACCUUCUGAAAUCCGUCUUAAGAAAGUUUAGUUUAUUUCAACUGCAGUCGUUGCAGUUUGCCAUGAUUCCCAAUCUUAUUACAUCAAAAAUGUGCCUUUUAAAUAAUAAUAAAUGCUAUUCAGGCUUAUGUGACCAAACAUAACUGGAAAAAUUACCAUAAUCAUCAUGAAUUUUUAUAGUUAUGGACAGUGAGCGUUGAUAUUCAAACUCAAGAGCAAAACAAACACACCACUUUUUUUCAGUGCUGCUUCAGAAGCGCCGCCCCAAAUUCACACAGAAGCACUGCGAGGAAAAUAACACUGGGCUUGCAGACCAGAAGACAGCAAAGCAUCCAAAACACAACAUCCAAAUCUCAUUUCUGCUGGUUGGUAGCUGGUUGCAGAUAGCCUAAGAUGGUGUUUGAUGGUCAAGGUGAUUGAAAACACACUGUACCAGUGAGCUCACUGGUUAACCAGCCUUUUACCAGCGUGGCUGUACUGAUCAUGCUGUGGUCCUGCUGGUCAUGAAGGUUGUUGACCAGCCCUCUCAAGCUUGGUCAUAUUGAUUGUUUAGCUUGGUCGGUUUGAUGAUGCUUAUAGAGCACCUAAACCAUCAAACUCAAUGCUCAAAACAUACUCUAUGCUGGUGAACCAGCUUAACCAGCUUGAGCGAUUUCAUCAAUAAGCAUUGGAGGAAAACAACAUAGUUGUGUUAUCAUUAAUUAUUUUCACCCAAUGAAAUUAAAGACUUAAUAUAUACAUUUUGAUUUAGUCUUACUGUGUGCCUUCCUGUCUCAGAAUCCUGUCUGAAUAGGCAGCAUUUCUAACAUUUCAGACACAUCCACUCUAUCUACAGAAUUCCAGAGAGUAAACUAAAGGUCAUUUGUGAGAUUUAAAGGCUGGUGAGAUUUAUGAAUCUGGUCCAAUGCCCUGUAUUGUUGCAAUGUUUUUCAACAACAAUGACAAUAUAUUUUUUGUCUCUUAGUCAAUCGGUCAGCAGUAGUAUUGCAUUGAUUAUGUCAGUAUCUGUUAUCCGGUGAAGAGUAACAGGAACAGGAAAAGAUAGAAAUCUAAAAUAUCUUCAGGAAAUGAUCACUGAUACAACAACAGAUCAGCCAUGCAGUGUGCUUCCCAAAAAUAUCUGCACUCAGGAAUUGGGUGACUGCACAACAAAACCAGUGGUGAAACUGUGCAUUGAGUACUAUGCAAUAAGCUGUCUUGGACUAACUUUAAAUGUGGUCAUACCUUCUUUUUCUAGCCUUUUUUUCCUCUAAAUACUGAAUAUAAGGUUCAGUAUGUGUGUACUGACGUCCCUGAUUAAAACCUUGUUGUUUUAUUUGGCCUGUAAUUCACUGAGCGUUCUGAUCUUCCAGUGUCCAGAGAGGUGAUGUCAAAUCAGUAGUAAACCCAAACCCCAUGUGCCUACAACUCUUCUUUAUACAGUGUCUCUGUUGCCUUAUAAGAUCUGUUCCUUUAUACAUGCUUUUUAAAAUAAAACAUAAUUAGAGACCUUAGACUGUAAUUAUUAAUGUUCGAAUCUGAUCCUAGUUUAAGUCAAAUUGUGAAAUGUACAUAUUUGUAAUAUGUGCUGUAAUUUAGUAAAAUUGAGAGUCCUUUUUAAUUAAAAAGCCAUACUUGGUCCUCAGGUUUUUGUUAGUUUGUUUGUCAAUUUGCUAUUUGGAAAAAUGCUUGUCAAUUCCUUUUAAAACCUUCAUCCUGCUCUUUAUUUUGACAUUAAAUAUCUGAUCCAAGAACCUAAAGAUAUGAAUACAAAUUUGUGUUAUUAUUUUGAUUGAUUUCUUCUUGUUUGUAUUAUUUUACAUGUUAAAAAGGGCUUGUUUUAGUGUGUGCUAUUACGACUGUAUUCUGAGUAAUAUGGAGAUUUUAAUCAUUGUUGUCUUUUUUUAAUUUAUGGAAAUUAAUCAUUCCAUAUUUUCUAUCUUCUGUUUAAUGGUCACUGAAUAAAUCAACAUUGAUAUUGUA